AUGGUGCAGAUUGACCGUAGUAUUGCAUCAGCAGAAGUCAUGAAGAAGUACUUGAUUGGGAGUGUAUUAAGUGGGGGAGGGAGUGUUCCAGCUAAGGAGGCUUCUGCGAAAACCUGGAUUAACAUGGUAAAUGAAUUCCAAAAGGGUUCUUUAUCAACUCGACUUGGAAUCCCGAUGAUUUAUGGAAUUGAUGCUGUUCAUGGCCACAACAAUGUCUAUAAGGCAACAAUUUUCCCCCACAAUAUUGGAAUUGGAGCUACCAGAGACCCUGAACUUGUGAAAAGGAUUGGAGCUGCCCCUGCACUUGAAGUUAGAGCUAGAGGAAUUCCAUAUACGGAAGGAUACUUAUAUACAAGUGCAGAAAAUGAAUUAAAGUAUUUUUAUUGGUAA